AGUGACAAUUUAAUUAGGGUAUGUACAAUGAAACAAUAGGCAAAACAACUUAUCCUGAGAUUUGAUUAGUAAUCUCAAAUAAUUUAGACACGUGCUAGCUAAAAUUCCACAGAAGGCCAAUCAUUUGUAUAAAAGUCAUAUUGCAUGUCUGUUUAAUUGAGCAAAAUGAAUUUUUCGGAUACGAAUUAAAGAAAAAAUAAUCACCCAUAAGAUGAUAAGGAGGAAUCUCUAUAACAAAAUUUGCAAGAGUAAAUUCUAAUAGGACGAUACUAUAACAGUAAUCCCAAAUACUCAAUUUCACAGGUAUAGGACAUUGCAAACCUGGAUUUUAUUGAAGAGGAAGAUGCUUAAUAUCCCUUGAAGCAUCAUCAUGAUAAAUACAUUCAGUUAAUUGAAUUCAAAGGAGUUUGCUUUUUGUAUGAGACUAGAGUGCGAAGGUGCAAAAUUGAUUAUUUUUAUAUGUAAAGUAAAAUGUUAGAUCCACAAUCUUGCUGA